ACUCUCCCUGUGUGUCCCCUGGCUUCCAAGCGACCAACAAACGCAUCGCAAAUUUUGCAAUUCCAUCCAUCCACCCAACACUCCCGCGCCCAUUCCGUUGAGCCCCGCCGGACGGUGCACGCGCGCCACGCCGCUGACCGCGCACGUCCGUCCCCAUGGACUCCGACGCCGCCGUGCUCCCCACCACGACCACGCCGCCGCCGCCGCACUCCAAGAACGGCCAAGCCGACAGCGAGCUCCGCCGCCGGCGCCGGCGCCGCUGCGCCUGCGUCUGCCUCCUCGUCUCCCUGGGCGCCGCCCUGCUCCUGGGCAUCACGCUCCUGGUGCUCUUCCUCACGGUGCUCCGCGUCCGCGACCCCACCACGCGGCUCGUCUCGUCGCGGGUCAUCGGCUUCGCGCCGGGUCCCGGCCCGGACUUGCAGUUCAACCUCACCAUGGAGCUCGCCGUGGACGUGCACAACCCGAACCCGGCGUCCUUCUCGUACGCCUCGGGUGCCGCGCAGCUCUGGUACCGGGGCGUCCUGGUCGGCGUCGCCGGCGUCGACCCCGGCCGCAUCCCCAGCAAGGGCGACGGCACCAUGGAGCUGGUGAUGACCGUGCUGUCCGGCAGCUUCGGCGCCGAGCUCACGCAGCUGGUCAAGGACAUGGAGGCCGGCGCGGUGCCGCUGGACGCCAGCGCCAGGGUGCCCGGGAAGGUCGCCAUCUUCGGGGUGCUCAAGCUGCCGGCGGUGGCCUACUCUGACUGCCACGUCAUCUUCGGCGUACCAGAGAUGAAAGUCCAGAGCCAGGUGUGCCAUGACCACACCAAGCUCUAAUCGGAUCCACUGCCGGGGUUCUCCAUUCGCUGCUUGGGUUCUCUUUGGCUUUCCGUGAAUGUCAAAAUGUGCCGGUUCAGUUUUCCAAAGAUGCUCGGGUAGAGUUUAGGUAUGUGUAUUCAUAGAGUGAUUGUAUGUGUAUUUUAUCUUGUACUGUAUAAUUCUUAAAAAAAUAAAUUUCUUUAAUUUUA